CGAUACCUCUAAAGAAAGUGCUCAGCAGUUGCAUUUUGUUGAAUCUGUGGUAUGGACAGUCUCGCUUGAAGAAUUUUAAUCUGAUCCACGCAUCUUUAAAAGACUCUCCAGUCUUCUGCGUGAAUGUAGCGAUUUUGCUCCUCAAGUCUUCAGCACGUGCCUCAUUGAAGAAGUUUCGCAAGAAAGCAUUUUUGAUGUCGGCCCAGGAUGUCAAAGAUCCUGUAGGUAGCUGCUUAAGCUAGUGCAUCGCUUCUCCAGUCAAAGAAUACUUGAAGAGCUUGCACAAUAGGUAGUCCUCGGGCACUCAUUUACGAAUAGCAGUGAUAAGAUCCUCGAACCUCUCUAGAUGGUCCAUAGGAUGCUCGUGCGGUAACCCACAGUAGGGUAUCUGUGAGACGAGUGUGUAGUACUGAGGCUUCAGUUCGAAAUUCUGUUUCUGAAUCUCUGGAAGUCGAAUAGCUGAUAUGUUGGUGUAGUACUCAUCUGGACGAUGGUAGUCAGCCAUUGCCCUUGGUUGAGCAGCCUCUUCUACAGGUUGAGCAGCUACUGUAGCAUCAGUAUCAGAGAUUACAUUCCCCUGAGUGUCUAGUUUCUGACCUAUUGCAUUACGCAGAUGACCAUCCUGGUCAUACAGGCUUCCAUUCUCGUCCUUUCUGAGAAUAACAAUCGCAACCAUGUUUCGCGACUGAUGAUCGAUUGAUGUAUGCAGUGUAGUAUCGAUCGAUGUCGAACGAUGUAGAUCCGUCGACGAUGAAGGUUGGGUGUCGGUCGACGGUUGGGUGCGAGAAUCAGUCGCGUGAAAGCUACUGCGUCGAUCGAUGUGGAACGUUGGUCUUUGCGGAUCAUGCAUCCCAAGUGAGCAGGAUCUUCUAAGAAUAGCAAGUGUUUGUCCUUGUUGCUUCUGGUACUGUUGGGCAUGCACCUUAAAAGACAAGAAAAAAUUUUGUGUCAGAAUGGGGGUAGAGAAAAGAAUAAGAAUCAAUAACACUAAAUCUAAUGGCGAUCAAAGCUUCUCGGCAACGGCGCCAAAUUUGAUACCACUCAAAUUACCCUAAGGAGUGAAUUACUCUCUCAAAUAAGAGGUUCAGUUGCAGUACUUACGGAUCGAAUCCACAAGGAGCUAGGGAACCUAUUCAAUCUAGUAAGGUUAUUAAUUCUAGGUGUUUGUUGUUUGAUGAGUUUAAAAGAAAAUAGCAAUCCUAAUUGUGCAAGUCUAUUGCUCGACUAACAAGAUGAUUGGGGAUGUAACUUUAUUGGAAGAUAUUAGAUGCAUGGUUUCUAUUCAGGUGUUAAAGAUUAUAAUCAUGUAGAUGCCUAACAGUUGCAUGGAUGAUAUAUUAGAGCUCAACUCCUUAAUUACAGUGAUCAGCGAUGGCAAUGUUUCACUGGUUAACUAACUAGAUCUUGGAUCUCAACUGUCGUCUUUUGAUCACAAGAAAGUGUCGAUCGAUGAUCCUAUAUGGAUAUCAAUCGAUACACCUUUCACAAAUAUCGAUCGAUUGUCAGAAGACAAUUUUGAUCGAUGUUUCUAGCUAAGCCCUUGGCGUGUGUUGAUAAUGCUCACUAGUCUCCUAGAUCAGUGGUUAGCUCUCUCUAGAAGUCCUAGCUUAACAGAUUAGAUUCAGGAUAGGAUGAUCAAGGAUGCUUGCCACAUGCAAAUUCCUAGGUUCAUGUUCUAGUUAGCAAGGCUAAAACAAGCAUUAAGAACAAUCAAUCAAUGAAUAUCACAACUUAGCGAAUCUAUAGUUGCGGCUAAUCCCUUUAACCUGUUUGAACCCUCAAUCUAACAAGUAAACUACUCAGACAUAGUUAAGCAAUUCAUGACACAAAAUAUAGAUAAAAACUGCAUAGAAUAGAAAAGAUGAAUCAAUGGAGUUCCAAUCACAAAUCUCUCUAUGAUUUUCUCUCCUUCUGAAAGUAAGAAUACAAUGGUGGCCAAAAGCUCUCUUGCCUCCUAACACUUAGGCAAGUAUAUAACUAUUAAGUAUAUAACUAUUAGGUUAAUAACGAUUGGGAAAUGGGGUUUUGAUUGUGGAAUAAUGUAAUAUAAAUGGGUUAUAUCUUGUUUCUGGAAUUCUGUAUCAUAAAAUGGCGAGUUCUGUGGUAAGCAAAGGGGUGGAUGUUGAUUAUGUAUUAUUUCAGGAGAAUCAGAGUAGGGAUAGUGAUUUGUCUGUUGCUACUUUUUGUGCUGGAAGUGAUGGUUUAAUAAAAUGGGAUUUGGACAGGGAGUGUAGCAGUCGACUCUUAAGUGGAUUAUUGAGUAAUAAAACACGAGCUACGAGUUUUUUAAGGGUUAUAUACAGGAAAACAAUGAAGGUAACCUAUGAUAUGAUUCUGAUCAGAGUCUUCAUGUAUUUAAAGAUUAAUUUUUUAGUGGCAUAUUUUCCGAAUGUUUGGAGUUUCACGAUCUUUCUUAAAGGGUACAAAGAUCGUCAUGAGAUGAGUGUGGUAUCAUUUAAAUAAGUUUUUUAAUGAAUGAAGAUAUUAAGUUGGAAUUGUAGGGGAAUGGGGAGUAAGUAUACUAUUAGUUACUUAAGAGAAAUUUGGCAUAAACACAAACCGGUGUUUCUCUUUCUUUCAGAAACAAAGCAACAAUUUUAUUUUGUUCAGCAGUUUCAAUUCCAUUUUGGAUAAAAAUAUUUACAUACGGUUGAUCCGGUAGGAAGGAGUGGAGGUUUGGCCUUAUAUCAUAGUUAUGAUUUCCCGGUGACUAUAAUAUAUUCGAGUAAUAGAAUUAUAGACAUUGAAAUGAGUUAUAAAGGGAAAACGAUAUAUAUUUCUUUUGUAUAUGGGGAUCCUGUUCAGGGUCUAAGGGAUCAAGUUUGGGAACGUCUUACACGAAUUGGUAUAACUAGAACGGAACCAUGGUUUGUGAUUGGGGAUUUGAAUGAGAUUACUGGUAAUCAUGAAAAGGAAGGGGGAGCGUUAAGGCAUGCAUCCACAUUUGUACAGGUUAAUAAUAUGAUCGAGAAUUGUGGGCUCAUGGAGUUUCCAUCUUUGCGGAAUACCUUGUCUUGGUGUGGGAAAAGACAAGAUCAUACGGUUCGAUGUAGAUUAGAUCGGGCUCUAGGUAAUACGGAAUGGCAUAAUAUGUUUCCAACCUCAUAUGUGGAAUAUUUGGGGAUGGUAGGUUCGGAUCAUCGACCCAUUGUUGCAAAUUUAGAUGAAAAACAGAUUAGGACACAGAGACAAUUUCGGUUUGAUAAAAGAUGGGUUGGCAUGGAUGGUCUUAUGGAUUCUAUCUCAAAAGGAUGGGAUUUAAGGAAUCAAAAGAAUAAUUCAAAGGUAGGUUAUAAGAUUAGUAACUGUAGACACGAGAUUUCGGUGUGGCGCAAAAAUAAUCCCCCUUAUGGAAAGGAGAAAAUAAAUAAACUCCAGAAGGCUUUGGAGGAUAUUCAGUGUGAUAGAACAAAAACAUAUGAGGAUGUAUUGGAGGUCUUUAGGAAGCUAAAAGAAGCGUAUAGAGAUGAGGAAUUGUUUUGGGAACAAAAAUAUAGGAUGAACUGGCAUGCAAAAGGAGACCGUAAUUCAAAAUUCUAUCAUGCUUUGACAAAGCAAAGACGAAUCCAAAAUAAGAUUGUCGGAUUGCAUGAUAGUUCUGGUAAUUGGGUUACAUCGGAAGGUGAAGUGGAAGGGGUGGCGAUAGAUUAUUUUAAUGAUCUUUUCUCAACAUCCUUGCCAUCAGGUUGUGAAGAUUUUUUAAAAGAGGUACCCAAGCUGAUCACUGAUUAUCAGAACCGACUCUUAACUGCCUGGGCAUAGGAAGAGGAAGUUCGACCGGCUUUAUUUUUAAUGCAUCCGGAGAAAGCACCAGGUCCGGAUGGAAUGACGGCUUUGUUCUUUCAACAAUCAUGGUCAAUAAUUAAAAAAAGAUAUUACGGAUAUGGUUAAUGAAUUUUUUAGGACAGGAUUCUUGGAGGAGCGGUUAAAUAUGACCAAUAUAUGUCUUAUUCCAAAGACGGCAAGGCCGAAUCGAAUGACGGAGUUUAGACCUAUUAGUUUAUGUAAUGUGGGAUACAAAAUAAUUGAAAAGGUGAUUUGCCAGCGGCUGAAAGGAUUAUUACCAAACUUAAUCUCCGAAACGCAAUCAGGCUUUGUGUCUGGACGACUGAUUUCGGAUAAUAUUGUGAUUGCUCAGGAGAUGUUUCCUGGGUUGAGAACUAACAAAUCAUGUAAGGAGAAGUUUGUGGCUAUAAAGACAGAUAUGAGCAAGUCCUAUGAUCGGGUUGAAUGGCCCUUUAUUGAGGCGAAGUUACUAAAAUUGGGCUUUGCACAUCGUUGGGUAUCUAGAAUUAUUGUUUGUGUCUCUUCAGUACAAUAUAAGGUUCUGAUUAAUGGCCAGCCAAAAGGACACAUUGUCCCAAAUAGAGGAUUACGACAAGGGGAUCCGUUAUCACUUUAUUUAUUCAUCUUGUGUACGGAGGCACUAAUUUCAAACAUUAGAAAGAAGGAAGAAGAAAAGCUACUAACAGGCUUAAAAUUGCACGUGGUAGUCCGACAAUUUCACAUUUACUGUUUGCAGACGAUAGUCUUUUUUUCUGGAAAGCUAAUAGGCAAGAAUGUGGGGUUAUAUUACAGAUUUUAAAAGAUUAUGAGAGAGCUUCGGGGCAACAAAUAAAUUUUGAGAAAUCGUCACUUCAGUUCGGACAUAAAGUUCCGGUUCCGACUAGAUUGGAAAUCCAACAGGUUUUGGGGAUUACCACAAUAGGAGGUAUGGGAACUUACCUAGGGAUUCCUGAGAGUCUGGGAGGAUCAAAGACUCAAAUUUUUGGUUUUCUUCAUGAACGAGUAAAUAAUAAGGUUAAUAAUUGGACGAUUCGGUUUAUUACAAAGGGUGAGAAAGGAAGUUUUAAUUAAAUCAGUGGCAUCACCUAUGCCAACUCAUGUGAUGUCUUGUUUCCGUUUACCUAAAACGGUUACCAAGAAACUUACGAGUGUGGUUUCUCACUUUUGGUGGAGCGGCAAUGGAAAUAAAAAAGGGAUGCAUUGAUUUUCGUGGGAUAAAAUGUGCAAAGCUAAGGAGGGGGCAUUGGCUUUAGAGAUAUUCAGAACUUCAAUACAACUUUAUUAGCGAAGCAGCUAUGGAUGCUACUUUAUAAACCUGAGUCUCUCUUCGCAAAGGUUUUAAAAGGGUGUUAUUAUAGGAAAUCAGAUCCUAUGGAUCCUAUACGUUCAUAUUCUCCCUCUUAUAGGUGGAAAAGUAUUACUUCAGCUAGAUCUGUGGUUAAAAAAGGGCUAAUCAAAAGAGUGGGAACAUGUUCAAGCAUUUCAGUAUGGAAUGAUCCCUGGAUCCCCGCUCAACGCCCGAGAUCAGCAAUUCAAAAACUUCAAAAUCAAUAUUUGAAUCCAUUACUUAAAGUGGAGGAUUUCAUUAAUCCAGUAGAUCUUUCUUGGAAUUUAGAUUUGCUUAAUGCUUAUGUUCACAAGGAUGAUGUGAGUAUUAUACGAGGUAUAGCUAUUAGCCGAAAUCCAAAACCAGACUCAUAUGGAUGGUUGUUUACGGACCAUGGCAGAUAUACUGUUAAUCGGGAUAUCGUAAGGAGAAAUUAUAUCCAGAUUUAGGAUCUCAAAGCAGUGAUAUGGGCCCCAAUGUUAAACCUUUGUUAGCUCACUCAUGGAAACUUCAUUGUUCGCCUAAACUACAACAUUUUGUGUGGCAAAUAAUCUCUGGUAGUUUACCAGUUACAAAGAACCUUUAUUCUCGGGGGAUUAAGUGUGAUUUGCAAUGCCAUAUAUGUAGUGCAGAAGAAGAAUCGAUUAAUCAUGUGUUUUUUGAGUGUCCCAAUGCGCGCCAAACAUGGGCUUUAUCUAAUAUUCCCUCUCGACUGGGAGUUUUUCCUACCCAUUCUCUUUUUACCAAUAUGGAUUAUUUAUUUUGGCGGUUACCGAAGGAACCCGAUUUAAGUUAUUUUCCGUGGAUAUUGUGGUAUAUUUGGAAAAAUCGCAAUGCUAAGAUUUUUGAUGAUAAAAUUGGAAAUCCUCCUCAAUUUUUCCGGACUGCAAAGAUAGAAGGCACUUUAUGGGCGGAGGUCCAAACUAAAGAGGAUAUAAAUAGGGGUUCUUCAUUUGGCGGGAGCUCUAUUUUACAAGGGGUAAAUCGAUGCUAUAUUGAUGGCGCAUGGAACGAACAAGAUCCCUUUACAGGGCAAGGAUGGUUUGCAGAGACGAAAGAUCCACUGAUAAUAUGAUGGGUGCUAUGUCUAUUCGCAGGAGUUUAUCACCUUUACAUGCAGAAUGUGAAGCUUUGAUAUGGGCGAUGGAUUGCAUGAAGACCCUACAUAUCUCAGAGGUGGUGUAUGCAACAGACUGCUCACAGUUGGUGAAGAUGGUGUCUACUCCAACAGAAUGGCCGGCAUUCACUACUCACAUGGACGAGUUUCUACGAUGUAAGGAAUAUUUUUCUACCUACACUAUUCAGCAUAUUCCAAGGGCACAAAACACAAUGGCGGAUAAGCUAGCACGAGGUGCUAGGACUCAGCCUUCUGCUAUGGUUUAUGUUGACUCCGUUCCUCCUAGAUGGCUUUCGGCUCAGGAAUCUACUUAGUAUAGUUUGGUCUUUUAUGUUGAAAAAAAAACUCUUCAGGGGUAAUCUUGUAAUUUGGUGAAGCCUUGGGUUUAAAGUCGGCUGGAACCAAGUCACACGUCUCGCGUCUCGAGAUUGAUCGAUUGUAAAGGAUGUACAUCGAUCGGUUGCUUCUUCUUCGUAUCGACCUCUAAUGGUCAGCUCGGAUGAAAUCUCUUUUAAGCUCCUAAAUGCUCCAUAAUAUCAUCACUUUACUCCAAGAUACUCCUGAACCUGAAAACUUACCUAGUAGGAUAGAAUAUAUAAUAUAUAGAUAGUAAAAUACUUAUAUACCAUGGGUGAAAAUGGGUCAAAUCCAUGGUAUAUCACUCCCCAUCAUGACGCUCUAGUAGUAUCGCUUACCGUAGCAAACUGCUUGGUAAGGAGGAUCCUAGUAGAUAAUGGAAGCUCCAGUAACAUCAUCUUCCAGACUGCCUAUCAGGACCUGGGUUGGAUGAAAGUGCCUUAACUAGAAAGACAACCCCACUCGUGGGAUACAGCGGAGAGGUGAAGCAAACCGCCGGUGAAGUGGUCCUUGCAGUCUAUGCUGAAGGAAUCAACAUGUCAACUAAGUUCCUCCUCGUCGACUGCCAAUCAUCUUACAACAUGAUCUUGGGAAGACCAUGGAUCCAUGAUAUGGGAGCUGUCCCCUCAACACUCCAUCAAAUGGUGAAGUUCCCUACUCCCUGGGGCAUCAAGGCCGUCAGGUGUGAUCAAGAAAAUUCUCGAUCCUGCUACCAGACUACCUUAAAGGGGAAGACAAAGGUCUUAUAGCAAUUACAUCAUGGGUCCCAAGCUCCACACGUAUCGGGACCCGACACUAACAACAUGAAAGGUACGCGACGAGUUAGAAACGAGAGAAGGAGGCCGAGGAAUUCUCCCUGGCUUAACAUCGACCGCUUCGCAUGGUCUCUUUUGGAUUCAAAUCAAGCUAGUUCGGAGGUAGUCAAAACCCAGAGUCCUUUCGAUUCAAGGCCCAGAUACGAAGCACCAUAUCUGGAGAACAUGAUCCCCACGACGAUAACGCAAAGGAAGAGUAUAAAUGGAGAACAUGAUCCGCGCUAAACUCAUAAGCUCGAGCAGGUUCGGCCCAGAGAAGCAUCAUUCCGCAGCUCGGAGAGGGCGACGGUCUGCAGGUGUCAUCUCCACAUGUUGUCAGAUACCUCGGUACCCUGAAAACUCCGGCCAGAUAAGGAGUACCAAGAAGCAGGAUGAGAUACCUCAUUUUCCCCGUAAAGGACCACUCAGGAGACCAAUCUUCUCGUACACUCGGAAGGGAUCAGACCCCAGAAAGCUUUCGAAAUCCUCAAUCAACCAGGUGGAGGCGAUCGCAGACCCAGUCCAAGGAAUCUUAAAUCCCCGACGACACCUUGGCCAUUCCAAAGGAGGGGCCCGCACCUCGAAGCAGGAUCAUCCAUGACGUUGGGGCAGAAGAUCUCUAAACCCCCCAAGGUCCUGAAGAAAAUAGCUAUCAGUAUAGGAUCUCUGGGGCAAGCUCAACCUACGAGCAAUGCAAGGACCCAUAGGUCAGAGGAGAACCCGAUAAGCCUGGGAGCAAAGUAGUAGAAAAACCACUUGGAGUAUUCGAUCCCCGACGGACUAUCCCCCAGACGAUGAAAGGAGGAACCCUCUCUACAUUGAGCACAACCCCCAGUCUCAUCAUCCGAUGAAACGCCAAGCUGUCGGCCCGUGACCAACCCAACCGAUGGCACACGACCAGGAGCCAUGAUGAGCAAGCUGAGACGGGGAUCUCCCAACAAGGGGACGAGGUUCUACGAUAGGACAGAGUCCACGAGCUAUCAAAAAGCAAAGGUAAAACGUAGUCUACCUAUUUGGAGCACCUUGCAACCUAUUAUUCUAUAUUAGGAUCCCUGGAUCUCGAUUUAUGUUACCUAUUAUCUAUUGUUUAAGCAUUUUGGUUUCCUACUUAUAUGUAUGCUUAGAGUCUCCGGACAAAGUUUAUAUAAUGAAAUAGUUCCGACUAUAAAUGUAGUAGGAAAG